UCAAUAUUAUAAAUCAUGGAACUUCUUUUUGCAUAUGAGUAUCAGCGAGCAUUAAGGAGAGAGAGGGUGUACAAAGACCCACAAGAUUUCUUACAUAUUGCUGAUGAGGAACUAAUUAGAAACUACCGGUUCCCUCGUAAUGAAAUCAUCAAUUUCAUUCUGGAAUUUGAGCCUCAGCUUAAGAGGAACACCCUAAGAUCCCAUGCUAUACCUGUAAGCACCCAAAUUUUGGUUGCACUGCGAUUUUAUGCCAGCGGCUCAUUCCAAAAUGUAGUUGCAAACAGCAGUGGCCUCUCACAACAAAGUGUGAGCAAAAUCAUUACAUCUGUUUCAAAUAUUCUAGCUGAAAAAGCCAGAAAUGAAAUUAAAAUGCCUGCUGGCAUACUCCAACUCCAGCAAACCAUGAGAGAUUUCUAUACAGUGGCAGGUUUUCCACGAGUCAUUGGAGUCAUAGAUGCUUCACACAUACCAAUCAAGGCACCUAGUGAGGAUGAGCUAGUUUUUGUCAACAGAAAAAAAUACCAUUCCCUGAAUAUCCAAGUGGUCUGUGAUGCUAAGAGAGUGAUAAUCAACUAUGUUGUCAACUACCCAGGCUCCACUCGUGAUGCUUUCAUCUGGAACAACAGUACUCUCCGCACCAGAUUUCAACAUGGAGAAUUCAGAGAUGGAAUACUCUUGGGAGAUGGAGGUUAUCCCCUUGAACCAUUCCUGAUGACACCUAUUGCCAACCCUGGACUGCCGGCAGAGGAAGAGUUCAAUAGAUGCCACACCAGAACUAGAGCUAUUAUUGGACAAACUUUAGGAGUCCUGAAGUCAAGAUUCAGGUGCUUACACAAAUCGGGUGGAAACCUCCAGUAUGAGCCACUUAAAUGUGCAAAGAUAAUUGCAGCCUGUCUGCUACUCCACAACCAAUGCAUUAAAAAAAAUAUCCCAAAUCCUGCUGAUGAGCAAGCUGAGGACCACGUGGAGCUUGAGGACCAAGAUCAUGAUGAAAUGCACCAAACACAAUAUCAGAGUGAAGCGGCAAGAGGUCUUGGAGGGCAAGUUCGCAGGGCAUUGGUUGAAAAUUUCUUUUAAUCAUUGAAUUAUCAGGGAAACUGUAGGUUAUGACUUCACAACAAAUUGCUUUUUCUGCUUUUUUCUGUUCUGACUGGGCAUAUAUAUUUUGUUAAUUACUUUCAUGAUUGACCUCAUUUCUUCAUUACCUUUGUGCUGAAUUAUUGUUACUUUAAUUGUUAACAUGAAAAAGCAUGUAAUGAAUAUUAUUAUGAUGCAAGGAAAUUCAUUAUA